AUGUUGGGCGGUACCUUCAAGACGAGCUCAGCAGCACUGCUGCUCCUCUGCCAGCUGGUCACAUUCUGCGCUGGCUCGGCCAUCCCACAAAGAGCGGUUCGCAGCUCUGACAGCCACGAAAGCUUCGUGCUCGAAAAACACCUCGGCAACCUCUCACCCUACUUUGACGCACCUGUCCCGGACCACCUCUCGCUCGGCGUCCCCUCAGGUUGCCAUGUCUCCCAGGUCUCGCUCAUUCACCGACACGGAUCGCGUGGACCCAUCUCAUCCGAAAUCGGCACGAUCCGAAACCUCUCUUACUACCUCAACAACCACACCGCGCUGCUCACCUCUCCUCACUCGAAACCUCCAAGCCAGCUCGCCUUCCUUGCUGAGAACGGAGGGGGCUGGAGCGCUACCAACCUCAAACAGGAUGAUCUCAGCACGGUCGGUCGAAGAGAACUCUUUGACCAUGGUGUACGCAUGAGGCUCGACUACCCGCACCACAACACCACGCUCUUCUUGGCAGGUCAGCAGGAUCGUGUCGUCGAAAGCGCACAGUGGUUCGCUGCUGGAUACCUCGGCAAAGAUCACAAUGCUACCGGAACGCUCGAUGUGAUCAGCGAGAGUUUGGGCGUCAAGAGCUACAUCACACCCAUGGAGACGUGCAAGAAUUGGACGUAUUCCUCCGGUGGCGCGCCUGUCAGCAAAUGGGGUUCGGUCUACCUGCCGCCCAUCGCUAACCAGCUCAACGCUCAGGUCAAGUCGGUCUGGCCUGGCUUGAACUUUACCGCGGACAACGUGCAUGGUAUGCUCUGGGCUUGCGCCUACGAGCUCGCCACUCUGGGCUCGGUCAGCAGGUCCAAUUGGUGUGGCGUCUUCUCGCCGAAUCAGAUCAAGCAGUUCGAGUACGAGCUGGAUCUGUUGAUGCGCGGAGCCUUCGGAUACGGCCUCCCCAACAACUCAGGCCAAGUCAUGGGUUCGUUGUUCAUCUCAAACCUUACUGAGCGCCUCACCAAACCCGAACUGUUCAAAGAGCCCAACGGUCAGCAGAGGACUCUAUUCUUCGACUUUGCUCACGACACCACCAUCGAUCUCAUUUUGACCGCCCUCGGUCUCGCUCACGAUAAGAACUACCCCGUAGAUGGGCCCAUCAACCCAAACAGGAAGUGGAGGACAAGCUACCAGGUCCCCUUCGCCGCUCAGAUGGAGUGGAGGAAGAUUUCCUGCGCCAACAACAAGCAUAUGAUCCAGCUUCAUCUCAAUAAGGCUCCCUUCGAUUUGGCCAAGGUCUGCAAGACGGACGAAUUUGGCGGAUGUCAUCUGGACGAUUUUCUCAACGCCGACCAGGUCAACAAGGCGAAUGCGGUGCAGGUGGGUGAUGACGUCUGGACCGCUGCUUGCGGGCAGUGA